UAGCGUCAUCGGUCACACUCUUCAUCUGUCACACUCUUCAUCGGUCACACUCUUCAUCGGUCACACUCUUCAUCUGUCACACUCUUCAUCCUUCACCCAGAGCUAUAAGUAUGGAGGCCAAACAGACCCCCCCCUCGUCAUGUGACCGAAUCAUUGUGCGAGAUGGGUCAUGUGACCUGGAGGCUAAAAUUAUCCAGCAUUUCUGAGGUCAGAUUUCAGCUGAAGAGACGCAGCAUGGAGGUCGACUGCUGCGCUCAAACAAGGACACCCAGAGGGAGGAAGAGGCUGCAGGUCAGAGGUCAGAGGUCAUCCUACCUGUACACCUGUACGCUGUGACAUCACGCAGCUGACAGGAAGUGGUCAUCAUGGUGGGUGCGGUGAGCUCCAUCAAAGCUCUGUGGGAGACGAGGAUCAGGAGGGUCCAGGAGGAGGAAGACGAGCAGAGGAAGAGGAAGAGGAAGACCAGGGACGGGGCCACCGGCAGACUGAGUGUUGGGGUUUGGGAGGACCGGGCGGUUCUGGCUCGGCUGAAACAGAAGCUUCAGACAGAAGAAGGACGGCUCAUCCUCAGAAUCGAACAUGAGGAGUGGAAGACGUUGCCGAGCUGUCUGGUCCAGCUCAGUCAGGUCCAUGAGUGGCAUAUUCACCGGACCGGACUGCAGAAGAUCCCUCACUUUAUCUCCAGCUUCCAGAACCUUUUAGCUCUAGAUUUGUCCCGUAACGGGGUCACCGAGAUCCCCAAAGAGAUCGGGAAGCUGACCCAGCUCAGAGAGCUCCUGCUGAGCUACAACAGAAUCCAGUUUGUUCCUGAAGAACUGAGCAGCUGUGAGAGUAUGGAGAGACUGGAGCUGGCCAUGAACCGGGACCUGAACCAGCUACCAGACCAGUUGAGGAACCUGAAGAAGCUGCAGCACCUGGACCUGUCCAUGAACGACUUCACCUGCAUGCCGGACUGCGUGGUCGGCCUGCCGGCGCUCCAGUGGCUCGACAUGGGAGGAAACCGAUUGCAGCUCUUACCUGAAGACAUACACAGGAUGGAGACGCUGCACACUCUGUGGCUGCAGAGAAACCAACUGGAGAAGCUUCCAGACAACAUCAGCAGGAUGAAGAGUCUGGACACCCUCGUCCUCAGCAGCAACAGACUCACAGACAUCCCCCCAAUGAUGGAGGACAUGUCCAACCUCAGGUUUGUGAAUUUCCGGGACAACCCUCUGUCUCUGGAGGUGACGCUGCCGAGCAGGAGGACGAAGAGCGAGGAGGAGGAGGAGGAGGAGGAGGAAGAGGAGGACGACAGAGAGAUGUUCGGACGAGAGUUCAUGAAGAUUUACAUCCAGGAGGCCAGAAAGAGAGCGACGGCCAUCCUCAACAUGCACCGAGUCCAGUGCUAG